UGCCCGGAUGUGGGUGACGCGCGGCCGCCAUCUUCCCGCGCCGGGGCUGCCCGCACCAUUCCCCACCGACCGCUGACCGCCGCCCCGACCGCUCGCCCGUCGACAUGUCCGCUCCUGCCGCCCCCGCCCCCCCCGCUGCCCCGGCCGGGGAGGGGGGGCCCCCGGCCGCUCCCCCCAACCUCACCAGCAACCGCAGGCUGCAGCAGACCCAGGCCCAAGUCGAUGAGGUGGUGGACAUUAUGCGGGUGAACGUAGACAAAGUCCUGGAGCGGGACCAGAAGCUGUCGGAGCUGGAUGACCGGGCCGACGCGCUCCAGGCCGGGGCCUCCCAGUUUGAGACCAGCGCGGCCAAGCUCAAGCGCAAAUACUGGUGGAAAAACUCAAGAUGAUGAUCAUUCUGGGAGUGAUAUGCGCCAUCAUCCUCAUCAUUAUCAUCGUUUACUUCAGCUCCUAAGCCCUGGGUGGAGUCGCCUCCCCCCCCGACACACACACUCCCUGCCCCUGAGAGGGGUCCUGCCCACCCCACCUCCCCGCCAGCCCUCCAUCCGACGGCCCCCUCCCUCACUCAGCCAUAUCUUCCAGCCCCCUCGCCCCGGGGCCCUGGGGUCAGCGUGCGCGUGUGUGUAUGUGUGUGUGUGUGUGUCCGCGUGUGUCUUCCUGCCCCCCACCCCUGUAAAUAGUCGGGUUGUUAUUUAUACAUAUAUAAUAUUAUAUAUAUUUGGUCUGUUUGUAGUUUUAUUACUAGGAGAUUUUUCCGGUUGUUCUUAAGUCCCUUGACCCCAGCCCUCCUCCCGCCCACCCGGACCUUGCCCUCUCCAGCCCCCUCCCUCAUUUCACAUCCCAUCUGCAUUGACUAUGCAACCCUUCCACUCUGACCUCCCCCACCCUCCCCUCGCCUCCCCAGAUUUGGCUCCGACCCUGGGACCCAGGCCCCUCCACCCAGCCUGAGUCCGUCAUUCCCCCCGCCCGCCCAGAAUAUCCCAGUUGCCAGCAAUAGCCGAGGCCCCGCAUCUGUUCCGUCCAGUCGCCCCCGGACGGCCUUCCGGCCUUCCUCCUGAGCUCCUUCCACCCAGUGCCCUCCCCGCCACUCCCCCCACCCCAGCGGUCGUCGGCCCAUCACCUGCAGCCCUGGUUUCCUCCUCCCGACCUGCCUCGCUUCCCCGACCUCUUGCCCCUGUCUUGAGCACCCAGUCCGUUCCCCGUCUCCCCCAGCCUGGGAGCCCCAGGGGGGGGCGGGGACCCCGCCCGACCCGCUGAGCUUGUGUCUCCCCCGAUUCCCCCAGCGUUUAGCACAGUGCACACCGCACACAGUUCCCAAGUCCCGACCCCUGGAGCCCUCCCACUGACUCCUGUUCCCUUAGGCGGGGGGAUGGAGACUCCUGGGUCCCGCCCCCUCCCACCCCCAUCCCAUCAUCCUCUGACCUUCCCACCCAACCCCCCAGCCUCAUGAUUCCCUUCCCACCCCCACAAAAUGUCCCCAAUCCACCCCUCCCAGGGCCACUGUCUGUUCCUCUCCAACUCUUCUCCGCUGUCAUCCCCCCUUUCCCCCAGCUGGUGUGUUUUAAGUGUCUUGCAGUUGUCAAUGGACCAAUUAUCUCCACCCUCCUCCUCCUCUUCUUCCUCUUCCAGAGGGCUGAGUAACUCUCCCCUGCCGAUGUGCACCUCCUCCCCCGCCCCCCCAUCCUGUUGGGGUUGAGGAGGGACUCUGACAUUCCCGAGCAGGGCGAAGUGGGGGGGGGUUCUCCUUAACGGGCCCUCCUGCCCCGGGUACACAUUCCACGUCCCGUUUCCCGGGGGUGGCCUCCACGGGCCCGACACUGCCGAGGAGUGCCCCAGCUCGCCCCCCACCCCCACUCCCAGUUUUGGAGAGCAGCAGUCACUGCCCAGUUCCCCCCUCUCCGCACUCACCCACCUUCCAGAUUGGGGGUGGGGAAGGGGGACCAGGAGGGGGAGACCGAGACACUGCCAAGGGGGGGAAGGCCAAGCUGUAGGGGUGGAUCUAGGGCAGGCAACUUCUCCCAGGCUGAGGGAGAAGUAGUGGGGGAGAAAUAGGGUCACUGUCUCUUUAAAUGGUCAAAUUCCCCCCCGGGGGGUGAGAUUGGAUCGGGGGGUGGGGGGCCACGGCCCCUUCUGAGUCCUACAAUCAGGGGGUCACUGCUGCUCCUCCUAAUUCACCCUCACCCCUAACCCAGGGAGGGGGGGCGGACCAGAUGGGGCCCGGGGGGCGGUUGGUGGUGGUGGUGGGGGGUCCUGAUCACUAGGGCCUCCUCCCUCCCCUCCCCCAGAUCACCCCGGGGCCCAUUCUCCUUCAGCCCCCUCUGCCCUCAUCCCUCCGUCUUCCCCCCCGUGCCCCCGGUUCUCUGUGGCGCGUCCAGAUUGGUUUAUGCUGUGAAAAUGUACAAUAAAUGUGUUGCGAGAAUCCA